AUGGAGAACAGCUUGAAUAAAGCCAGCAACGAAGGUGGAUCCAAUUCUCAAGGUGAAGGUGAGUACCAGCUGGUUAAGGACGAAGUGCUGUACUCCAUGACCAACCAGUAUAAGGUCCUCGAGUUUCUUGGACAGGGCACUUUUGGACAUGUCGUCAAAUGCUUGAAAGAAGGUACUAAUGAGAAAGUGGCCAUAAAAAUUCUAAAAAACCAUCCGUUGUACAUUCAGCAGGGUCAAAUCGAUGUGAGUAUAUUUUCAAGGUAUCGCAUCAAUAAGGAAAAUACAGAUCAGUUUAACAUCAUGAGUGCCAACGAAUUCUUCCAGCACAAAUCGCACACCUGCUUAGUGUUCGAGAUUUUGGAACAUCUUUAUGACUUUAUGAAGCAACAUCAAUUCCCACCUUUGCCACUCGAAUGCAUUAGGCCAAUUCUCCAGUAGGUUCUCACAGCGUUGCUCAAACUCAAACAACUGGGUUUGAUCCACACAGACCUGAAGCCGGACAACAUCAUGCUGAUUGACCCCAUCCGACAGCCCUACCGUAUCAAAGUGAUUGACUUCGGCUCGGCCUGUCACAUAUCCAAGGCCGUCUGCAAUAGUUACGUCCAAACACGAUACUACCGUGCCCCAGAGAUUAUACUUGGUCUUCCAUUUUCCGAGGCUAUUGACAUGUGGUCGCUCGGCUGCGUCGUCGCUGAGCUAUUCAUGGGUCAGCCUCUUUACCCCGGUAGUUCAGAGUACGACCAGAUUCGCUACAUUAGCCAGACUCAAGGCCUGCCAACCGAAGAAAUGCUCAACAAUGCUAGCAAAACAAGCAAGUUCUUCUGUCGGAAUAUGAAUGGAAUGUACUUUUCAAAUAAAACUGACACGGCCGAUCUCACGUAUUCGUUUUGGCGUCUCAAAACUCGCAAUGAAUACGAAGCCGAGACUAGCGUUAAGCCGAAAGAAAACAGAAAGUACAUCUUUAAUUCUCUCGACGACAUUGGUCAAGUCAACGUUACUGUGGAUCAUGAAGGAGGCCAAUAUUUUGCCAAAAAGGCCAAUCGUCAGGAGUUUAUUGACCUACUCAAGAGGAUGCUCAUUAUGGACCAGGUAUGCCGUACAACACCAGACGAAGCCUUGAAUCACGCAUUUGUGACCCUAACCCACCUUGGCAACUACCGUACCAGUGACUCUAUAAACGGUUUGCGGCACCACCAUCCCGCUCCCACCCUUCAGCCAACACUGCCGUCUAUCAUGACAAACUUCCCCGUGCUGACGUUCAACGGUACUGCCGUCAACAAACAAGUGCAGUGUCUAGUACCCCAAUAUCAAACCGUACAGUCCGGCUAUGAUGGCCUUUCUUACAUUUACAGGCCCAACAAUAAUUGUCAAACCACCCAGUAUUAUAGCUCGUCUAUCAGCUCAACCGGGGGCUGAAGUAAGGUUAACGACUUCCCGCAACAACUGGUACAGGAUAUUCUAUGCCCACAACCUGACUAUCAAACCAUGCCUAGUCCAACCAAGCACGUCGUCAUGGUGCAGCCUCUCUGAGUUCCACAGUCGCAAAUUCAGAUACAGCCCUCCAUCAUUUUCCAGCAGGCGAUGGUGACGACUGCUGCGGCUGCGGCUACCCAGCAGUUCGGAGUUCCCGUCUCGAUGGUGGAAACCGACCGGCAGAAGAUUUUGACUAACGUGGUGCAAACACUGCAAACACCCUAUCCCAGUGGUAGCAGCCAGAUGGCCACAAUCCCGAUACUGGACUCGCAAUCCUCGGCUACCUUGACAUCGCACCAUGACCAUCACUCACUGUCUUUGUCCUCAUCUUCGUUGUCCUCAAGCGAACACCACCUGCAACAACAAAACGAUGAUCCGGCCGAGGGGUUGCAUGGCAGACAGCAAACGAUCACGAUUUACGACACGCCCUCACCUGUGGCGUCUGUCAUUAAUAUUAGCGGCGACGACAACGACGACGACGAGUCUCGGAAGAAAGGUAUUAAAUCGACAUCAAGAACGAUAUACAGAAGUCAGACCCAACAUUCUCUGUCAACGAUCCAACAUGUUCAGCACAUAAAGUACGUGCCUGAGCUCCAGCACCAUAUUAAGUCUGGCUGCUCUUUUCAAUCAAAAAAGAAACGUCCUUUGGUGGAGUGCAAUGUAAUGAAUGUGUCAACGAAACGACAAAUAUUGACUGUUGCUGCUGUCAGUGAGGUGCAGCACCGAUGCUACGAGCAUAAGCAACAGAAGGAACAGCAACAGCGCAACCCCGUGAAGAAGCGCGUGAAAAAGAAUAUGCUACCAAGGAACAGUGUCUGGGGUAAACUGCAAUACUCACCCCUGUCAACGAUUAAGCCUUCUUCAUCGUCGUCUUCAUUGCAGCCGAUACUGACCUCUACUGAAUUGACACCAACGGCGGUCCACAGACGUCAGACCCAAUAUGCUCAGUCAACGACGAACAACAUUUCGGUUUUAUCCUCGUGGUCCCAGAGCGAUCUCCACACAAACGCAAUCAAUUGCGUGACAGUCAUGGACAGCUACAGAGAGAUCGAUCUUACAAACAGUCGGAUCUACCACGAUCUGACGAUAUUUUACCCACAGUCGUCGAUCCAAUGCUGUCACGCUGAAAAAUGUGUUACUGAAAUUUGGCAUUGGCAGUGCAACCUGAGAUUUACUUGUAGUCAAUAG